UUCAAGCGUCUCAGCAGAUUCAGCAAGCUACUGCAAAUGGCAAAGAGAUACUGUCCAAUCCCAGGCUCAUUCCUGUUCAGGGGACCUUGAAUGUAGUGAUGAACCAGAACGUGACCCUCUCCUGCUACCCAGACUCUGGAUCUCCACCUGUCACAUACACAUUGUUUAAACACAAUCAGAAGGUAUCCACUUUAAAUAGGCCAGACUUGAUCCCCGGUUUGUUUAACUUGACCAUCAGCUCUGCCAGUGACAUGGGUGAAUACAAAUGCAAAGCUGAAAAUAACAUCCCUGGUGGUGGAAAAUACAGCAAUAGUCUCAACUUCACCCUUAUAGAGCCAAUUUCCAAACUAGUGCUGAGCUCACCCACCUCUCAAGUGAAGAAAGGCCAGAAAGUGACCCUGUCGUGUCUCUCAGAAACCGGCUCUCUUCCUAUCACAUACAUAUUCUUCAAAGGAAAACAAAACAUCUCUCCCCCAGUGAAGAUGCAGAAGAGGGAAGCAGCUGUGAUUCAUCUAUUUAUCAAUUCCUCUAGUGACUUGGGAACCUAUAAAUGCAAAGCUGAAAAUAGCUUUCGCAAUAAUACAAAAUACAGCAACAGUUUCAACUUUACAUUAGCAGACGAGAGAAGGCAUUCUCAACCCCUGCUAAUUUCUCUUGGGCUGGUCUUGCUACUAUUGCUGAUAGGAUUUGCUCUGGCAAUUCCAUUUUUCAUCAUUCCUUCAUAUAAAGCAAAAAAAUUUAAGUUUACUAGGUCCUCAACUGCCCUUACUUCAACAAUGAAUGCAGAAGAGUCUGAAAACUAUGUCAUAUACACAGAGAUCGAGCCUGUUAAACCAGAAGAAGACUAUGUCAACUUUUCUGUUACUAGAAGAGAAGAUGAAAAAGAGAAGAGGGCAUGCGCUACAGUCUAUUCAAAGGUCCUCAUCAGAGAUUGAGUACAAGGUAAGAUCUCUUUUGCAAUUAACUUAUGCAUUUUUAAAGAAUCUUUCAGUCCUCAGAUGUACCACCAAGUCUGCACAGAAAGAGAUGAUGUUUAG